GACAAUUUAAUUGAUACACCAAAAUACCAGAUUUAUAAGCAAUGGUUUUAAAUGGCAUUUUUCUUUAAAUUUUUAUAAUUUUCCUGAAGUUUAUACAUUCGAUUGUUUAUUGCUUGCCGGAAGCUGUUGAGUCGAUUUGGGGAAAAGUUCUCCACUUUUCCGCCCUUUUGGUGUAUCACUUAAUUUGUCUUGGGGGUGCCUGGUCAAGAGCAGCCUGGAAUUUUUUCUGCCAAGAACAGGAACCCCAUUUCCUGUCGUGUUCGUCGACCGCGCAUUUUAAUAUCUGCAGGGAUAUCGUGGUUCUAAGUGAGUUUUGAAAUAGUAGUAUUAAGGUGCAGAGCGUGCUGUGGCCCGCUUUCUAAUGCUGCAAUCAUUAUCCAAAUGUCUUGUGUAAAACCAUCCCAUGGCUCGGGAUCAAGGAUGGUCUCAAGUUCCGGUUUGUUGGCCCGUACCAUCUGCGAGGGAAUUGAACAUAAAAACCCACCCAGUAACAGGGGGUUAACAGGGGGGUUGAAACUGGAAAUCGCAGGGGUCGUGGUAACUUGCGGGGAUGUCACGAGACUUCAAGAAUUUCUCGUCCUUUAAAAGCAUUUCUCGAUUUCUCUCCUUCUUUCAUUAACUUCAAAAUGGCAGUGACUUCAUGCUAGCACGUGACCCCCCUUCAGCCACCCCUGUGAUUUCCAGUUUUAACCCCCCUGUUGGGAGUGUGACUACAUUGCUGGCCGCGACGACUGGGCUGAACGACAGUACUCCCUCAUCGUCCUACGCAUGUGUUGCACAUCCGCCAUCCAUCGCCAAGUGGCGCUACCAACCCACCCUGCCGUCAUAUCGAAACACCGCGACACAUAAUACCCCGGGCUCUUCCGCUCGUGCGGAGGUGAUGCCGAGAGCCGGUGCGGAGGUUGGGGAAGACUGCGGAGAUGAGACCGGGGAGCAUCCGGACACACCCGACGUCGACGACCUGCCCCACCGCCGCGUCCAGGAAUACGGACGGGCAUGCAUGCCGCAGGAGUAUACUGUACAGUCCAAGUGCCUGCAUCUGUGGUUCCGAUCCUCUUGCGUAAAUGGGGAGUGUAACUGUGUCGGGAAUUCGGCAGCACAGUUCGGGGUUUUGCGGACGCGUAAGUGGCGGGCCGAGACCGGCCGAGUGUCGAUAUGGAUGCCGCCUUGUGAAGAUCCAAAACGGCCUUCUCUCCAACGCGGACAGCCGUUCAUCUUUUGUUGUCUCGGCGUCUAA